AUGGUACAACCAGUUGAAGUUUUACCAAAGGAAUCAAAGUUGUUGGCAUUUACAGUGGAUGAUGUAUUCACAAAAGAAGAGUGUGAUGAAUGGAUUGCAUUGACCGAGAAAACUGGAUAUGAACAGGCAAUGGUUAAUGUUGGAAAUGGCAGACAAGUAUUGAUGACCGAUGUUAGAAAUAAUGAUCGUUGUAUCAUCGAUAGUGAUGAUAUGGCCAACAAGAUAUACAAACGAAUCGAACAUCUCAUCCCCGAUGAAAUCAAUGGACGUCACAAAAUAUCACUAAACGAAAGACUAAGAUUCCUCCGUUAUACACCUGGACAAAAAUUUGAACCACAUCAUGAUGGUUCCUAUGUUCGUGAGACAGGUCCUAAAAAGGGCGAGCAAUCAUAUCUCACCAUUCAACUUUACCUAAAUGACGCAUGUAAAGGUGGAGAGACUACAUUCUUUCUCAAUCGAAAAGAGUAUCAUGUAGUACCCAAACCUGGUAUGGUUCUCAUCUUCCAACACAAUAUAUUACAUCAAGGUAGUGAAGUGGUUGGAGGUAUCAAAUUUGUAAUGCGUUCCGAUAUCAUGUAUUCUGCUCCUUCUUUUACAAAUAUUACAUCAUCCUCUAAAAAGAAUUAA